AGCGUGUGUCUGUUUCCACGCCGGCUUCACGCGUCCAGUUAGGAGGAGGUGGGCGAUGGUGGUAAUCUUUUAGCGACAUUACGACGCUCCGAAGGUUCGCCGAACACCUCCGGGAGAGGCUGUGGCCGAGGGGAGACAUUUGACGUCGUCUUGUCGUCGCAAAGUCGGACAGUUGAGGCUCGCCUGCCGACGAAGCGGAUUAACGGAGCAGGUACGGAAAGUGGGAAGGAGGUGCGCGCGCGCGCCCACCUUCCGUCUUCGAAGGUUUAAAAACGUCAAAUAGCAACAGGACGCAGGCGCGUUUGGAAGCGACCAUGCUGGCCAAGAAGGUGCGCUCUGAGUACAUGAAGCGGUUCCGCGACCCCAAAUGGGAGACCUUCGCCAAAUGCUACGAGGACUCGCUGAGGUACCGCCUGACCCGCCGCGUGAUGGAACAUUCCCACAAGCCCUGGUUCUGGGAGGGCUGGGACGGCGGCUCGGAGUCCAGCGGCCAGUCCACGCCCAGGCUGAGCCGCAACAAAGUGGCGCCGCAGCCCUCUUGCGACGGCGAGCAGCAGCCUGUCCCGCCCGGGUCCGGUCCUGACGCCGAGCGCCCGUUGGAGGUUGGCGAGGAGGCGUCGGCGGCGGUUACGGAGGCCGCCGUUGUUGACGCUGAAACGCCAGCAGGGGCGCCGACACAAAAUGGCGGUAGCUCAGCAGAGGCGGAGCCUCCUCCGAACCUCGGCCGCGCCUCAGAUGACACAGACAACGGGCCGCUCCGCUCCACCUCGUCGGAGGGCCAGCCCGUCAACCCGGCGCCGAGGCGACGUCACCGGCGCCGCACGGACCUGGGACACCUGGACUGUUCCCGCGGCGACAAGUCGCCGGCCGCACGCAGACCUCAGCGGGCCAAGAGCCAGCCGCCCGCCGGAUGCCCGGCUGCGGGACGACCCGACUGUACGGAGAGACGCCACAGGAAGACGCCCAAUCACAGUCACGUGUCCGAAGUCUGCGUUCAGACACGCCCACCCGACAAGCGCAGCAGUACGGAGCGGCGCCGGGCGCGAUCAGCUGACCUGGACAAGCUGAGGCACUCACAGGUGGCGGCGGUGGACGAGCGCUGGACCACAGAGUACAUGCGCUGCUUCUCUGCCCGCCUCAGGUAGACAGGACACGCCCACAGGUGUCUGCAAGAAGUGGGACAUCCUUCAAAGUAAAAGCACGCGCGUCAGACAGCAACAGAGUGGUUUCACCAGCACCAGAAUAUUUCUUUGAGAGUUGAGUUUGUGCAAACUAUGCAAACUAAGUGGAAAUUGAAACCUUUAAAGUCCAACGUUUCACAUUUGUAGUGACUUUGUAUCUAUUUUUAUUUAUUUAUUCAUCUUUUACACUCCUUUUGGAGAAAUGACAAGAAUGACGAAAGUUGAUUGUUGUUAGCAAGCUAACGCUAAUUAGCUGCUGUAAAGAAUUCACCGUGAAUGUUUGAAAUAUUUAACUUUUGAAUGUUGACAAUCAAUGUUUACAUUUUACAUGUAUUAAAAGGAAA